AUGUGUAAAACAAAAAGAUCUGAAACAGAAAUACCUAUUGAUGAUAACAUCUGUGUAAUAUGUGGAAUAAAAACUGGAAAAUAUAAAUUUAGGUGUUGUGUGAGGAAUUUCUGUUCAGUGGGGUGUUUUCAAAUUCACUCAAAAGAAGAAUGUAAACUUAAAAGCAAUCAAUUGAAUGAAUUCACGAAAUUAGAUCAAAAUAUUGGAGAUAGAUAUAAAGAAAUAAAAAUGGAAAAUAGCCUUGAAGAAACUGAGCAGUUUGAAUUAACUGAAAAGGAAAAACAAGCAUUAAAUUCUAAUGAAAAGUUGUCUUGUCUUUUGAGAAGAAAUCCCCAGUUAGUGGAAAUGAUAAAAUUUAUUGAUACUUCUGAGAAUAAAAUAGAAGCUUUGGCAUGUAUAAUGGAUGAGGAUUCCAGAGGAAAGAAUAAAUUGUUUGCCGAAUUUACGGAAUUAGUGGCCGAAAGUUUAGGGGAAGAAUUUAAAACUUAUAAGAGUGCAUAUGAUUCUAUAGUCAGUGACAUAACAAUUAGAAAAAGAUAG